AUCUAUAUUUACUUCGCUCUCAUAACUGUCUCGGUUCUAAUUGAAUUGGUCCUAAUUUCUUCGACUUUUCUACUUUCGCGGAUUCAGCGAGACACGAUACUUCAUGUCUUAUCUCCUCGGGGUAUCAUUUAAGAUAGAACAGAAGACAUUUUCGUAAAGAAAGGUCUUGAAUCACAACUGACUCGUCGAACAAUUGGCGCGUGGCGAUAUUCCCGCCUCUUUUCUACUUUUCUUCUCUUCUUUCCCGUUCUGCGUGCUCUGCCCCCUCCAUCGGUCCAGCAGCAGCCACCAGCUGGUUUGUUUCUGGCUGCGUGGACGUCGCCGACCCUUCGUGGAAGCCAGUUUUGAAUCUUCGAAGUCAGUCGGCAGUCGGUGGCGCUUACGUUUCCUCGAUCAAGAUCCUUUUUCGAUCUCUUCCAUUCGCCUCUUUCAUCGCCGUGGCUUCGGAUUUGUCCCUCGCAAUUACUUCGCGUGCGAUAUAUAUAUAUCUGCCAUCAUCCGAGGAUUCCAAGCGUGGCGAACAGUAUGAAUUACGUGACUUCGAAGCCGUGUCAACAAGCAUCGGGCUCGCCUUCUUAGUCGCCCCACUACCUUAGUGGGGUGCCGCAUGCGGUCCCCUCGUCUGGACCAGGCCGACCCGACCAGGGACCCUCGGGGCCUCGGCAGGUGUGAGAGUGUUUCCAUUCACUGCGAAGUGGCAGCGAGGAAAGUAACGACCAAGACGGUUUUCCUUAGCGAGCGGUGUUUUCAAAUGGUCAAUUAAUGGUGAUUUACAAUUCGACAAGGCCAACCUCGAGAGUCUCAAGAUCUCAAAACUUGUUUUCCGCGUUAAGAGAGCUAAAAAAAAAGUGGUACUUUAAUCUCCAGGGAUAAAGUGAUACUUCAAUCGCAGAAUAACAAUUUUAUGCGGUAAACACGUGAUGGAAGAGUUGAAGGAGUAAUAUAAUGUGAAUGUGAAAGCGUAAUUAAACUCGCGGCGAAGUUUCGUUGAAACCGAGAAGACUGUCCGAAAAGAAUCCCAAAUUUCGGAAGGAGGCACGAAGCUGAAUGUCGCUAUCAUGGUUUUCUUCGGAAGAAAGGAAAAGCUGGAGGAUCGGCGAUUGCUCGCCAGCAUGGAUGCCAUGAACGGCUCGAUAAUUCAUCAAAUCGACAAUGCCGCGUUCAUGCACGUGCGUGACAACAUUGAGGAGUUGGGGAAAGUCGCCGACGACACAGACCUGCUAUUCCUGAAGGGCCUCCUCGACAGCCCGGUCGUUACGUCCCUCGUGAAGGUGCAGGAGCGUCUCGAGGACCCGCCGGUGCCUGUAGAGCCGGUAUGCUCAUCCGUCUGUGACAUCGUCGACGAGGUGUGCCACGCCUUCCAAGCUUCCAGGGAUUCUCACGUUAAAGAGCUAGCGAAUCUUCUCGGUAACGUGCAUCUAAGGGCGCUCCUGGAGACACACGACGCGGUCGUAGAACGUAGGGAAGCGCCUUCCAAACCGCCUGAUCCGCUCGCGUUAACGAUGCCGACGAAUAAGAAGGAGGCAAUGCCUAUCAGGGUCGUCGGCCUUCGGAGGCAACCGGAUGAACCCCUGGGUCUGACGGUGCAAGUGGAUGAAGCUGGAAAUAUGAUCAUCGCUAGGAUUCUUGGUGGUAGCACGGCGGCUCGUCAAGAACUUCUAAAGACCGGUGAGGUAAUACUCGAGGUCAACGGCAAGAGAGUUCGAAACCCCGAAGAACUCCAACAGGCGAUUCAGGAUGCCAAGGAGAAUCUAUCCUUGAAAUUGGCUCCAGGCAUCGCCUCGGAAACGAACCAACCUCUCAAGUCCACGUGUUACAUGAGGGCCCUCUUCGAUUACGAUCCCUCGGAGGACACGCUUCUGCCCUGCCGCGAAAUCGGUCUACCUUUCCAGAGGGGCGAUAUCCUUCAGAUUGUUGACCAAGCUGAUCCGAAUUGGUGGCAGGCGAGAAGAGUGGAGGGCGAGAAUCUUGGAUCGCCCGGACUGAUACCCUCGUUGGAGCUAGAAGAGCGCAGAAAGGCAUUCGUACCCCCCGAAGCAGAUUUCGUUCACAAAAUCAGCAUCUGCGGUACUAGGAUAUCUAAGAAAAAGAAGAGAAAGAUGUAUCAAUCCAAAUCGAACGGCGAGUUUGAUAGUGCCGAAUUGCUUCUUUACGAGGAAGUCGCUCGGAUGCCGCCGUUUCGACGCAAAACUUUGGCUCUGGUCGGACCACGCGGCGUAGGUCGUCGGACCCUGAAGAACAGGCUGAUCAACAGCGAUCCCGAAAAGUUUGGUACUAUUGUACCCUACACAUCGAGACCUCCUAGAGUUCUCGAAGAGGACGGCAAGAGUUACUGGUUUACCGAUCGCCAGUCCAUGGAGAUCGAUAUCAAGGAACAUAGGUUCCUGGAACACGGUGAACACGGUGGACAUUUAUACGGCACGAAACUGGACUCAGUGCGGGAACUGAUCAGAGCCGGCAAGAUGUGCGUGCUAGACUGCAGUCCAGCUGCACUCAAAAUCCUUCAUAACAGCACCGAAUUUAUGCCUUAUGUCAUAUUCAUCGCCGCACCCGGGAUGGAGCAGCUGAAGUCUUUAUACGAUCUCGGGAGAUCGACUGGUGCCAGCAGUCGAAAUCUAACGUUCGACCGCCAGAGUUCCAUCAGGUACAGCUCGAGAAGAGCCAGAACAUUGGAGUCUCUCGCAUCUUUAUAUGAGGAGGACGAUUUAAAAUCCACGUUGGAGGAAUCUGCGGCCCUGCAGAGAGCCUAUGAAAAGUAUAUCGAUCAGGUGAUUGUAAAUGAAGACUUUGACAAUACGUUCAGGCAGGUGAUCGCAGCUUUGGAUGCCUUAGCCACAGAGCAUCAGUGGGUGCCGGUCAAUUGGAUCUACUAAUUAAGUUCUGAAUUCAGUGUUCGACAUUGAAAAACUCGAGAGUCAAGGGCUGCUAGAAAUUUUAGCGCGAAUAAAAGAAAAAUUUGUUUAUUACUGCCCACAUCACGUACGAAAACUGCGAGAUUACAUUACGAGAACUGGUAUUCAGAAUCAGACUCCGUUUAUCGCGCGGCUAGGAAAACGCAAGGCACGUGUAAUCAGAGUACAAAGAAUGCUACGAAUAUUUCAUGCCGCGUGAAGCGAUAUCGACGUUAUCGCGCAAAAAGCGCGGUCAAGAAUCUCAUUAUUAUCGUUUAUUAUAAUUAUAAAUAUAGCGUUUACGUUAGUUUGUUAUAGAUUUACAAACGACCCGUUUUGCAUACGGAAUCUCAUUAAAAAUCCUUGUUUCACACAUUAUACAUUAAAUCAUAAUGUAUAGACUUCCCAUACAGCACAGAAUUUGCAGCAAUAUUGCUGCAAAAUCUCUGAAAUAUUGCUGCAACAUGCAAUGUUGCAACUUUUGUGCAACUUGUGCUGUAGGAAUUACAGAAAACCGCGAAUCUUCUUAAAUCAUUUGUCCUUGACAGAUCGACAUAAUGAUAUGUGAGGCUGGUUAUACUCAAAAAUGGAAAGUGAGUACUUUUUUUACAAUGAAAAAUCAUAUCACACGCUGCAUUUUUACUGCCAAUCUUGACAACGACUGUAGAAGCAAUUCGGGUCGAUUGAUGUGUUAGACCGCCGUCCAGUUAAUUUUAGUGUAUUUUUAAUUUAAUUAACGAUAACUGCGUACAUCUAUACGAUCAUUUAUACCUAUUCGCGACUCCGCUAUACACCUUUCUCGUGAACACCUUUCUGUUUCGUGUUUCAUUUUGCUAUUCGUGCACGCUAAAGUAAUAUUCCUGGCAUGGAGUGCCUUAAUAACGCAAAGACUAUAGGCAGUAUUCAUAUUCGGUUCUUAUAUUUUAAGAUCGUCUUAAGAUGCUAAUAUGGUUAUCUGAUUGGUUCAUGACAUCUUAAGCUGUGACGUACUUAAGACGAUCCUAAGGUUCGACUAUGAAUAUCGCUCUACAAUUGAUUUAAUGCGAAGACUUAUUAUGUCGACUUGACAGACUCAUCUUGCAUUCGGGUUUCAUGAUGGAUAAAACUAACCAUUGCCUUUUUUCUAACGUCUCCGACGGACAGUCGCAUAUUCACGCAUAUGCAUCCACACGUAUACACAUUCGAAUUUUUUAAUUCACACAUGCAUCUUAAAAAAAAAAGUACAUAUACUUGUAGGUUAAAAGGGUUGCUUUGUACACAGAAUACAAUUAUAAAUAUAUCUGUAUAUUAAAUCGAGACACCUGUCCCGAAGAGCAACGUGAUGCACGAGUGGAAUAAAGUUUAUCGAGCAUUUGUUACGGAUUAGAAUUGUGCAACGAAUGAAUUAUUAUUUCAGUAUUCCUGUCCUCGCUCCUUUUUCAGGGUUCUGCGAAAGGACGUUUAUC